GCUAGCCUGCUGCACGACGCCGUCUCUGUCGUGUCCCUCCGCGAAUCCUGCACAGAAGCUUCUAUCCGAGCUCGCCGACACCGCUUUUACCUCCGUAAACGAUGGCACCAUCCUCGAAGAAACGCAAAACAGGAUCAGCAACGCCGGUGGGCGCGACUGCUGCUGGUGCUGAUGGUGCGGGCGCAAAGAGCACGUCGAUCGAGUUGCUGGACAAGUUCAAGAAGCUGAGGGCGUCAUGGCCGAAGGAGAUGGCUAGACUUCUAGACCCAUCGCUGCCUGAUGAACGGCGCUCCGAGCUGUGGGAGAUCAUGUGUUCGGGGGGCGAUGUUCUGAGGCAGCGGUUUGCCUGGGCUAUUCCGGACGAGAGGGCGCUUCGGAUCAUAAAGCAUUUCGGCCCCAUCGUGGAGAUUGGCAGUGGGCUGGGGUACUGGGCGAAGCUCUUGCGCGCCCGAGGUGUGGACAUCAACGCCUACGACAAGGUGGCGGGCACCCCGGACACCGCCUCCGCAGCACCCGACUCCUCUCGAACCAAGGGCAAGAGUACGAGCAAAGACGCCAAGGUCAAAAGUGCAGCCGAAGGGGUUGUUAAGGAGGACGCUGACGAGGGCGGGGGAGACGAGACGCCUUCGUUCUGGAUCAAGGUGAAUGAGGGUGGCCCCGACGUGUUGGAAGAACCGUGCAACGAGGGCCGCUCGCUGUUCCUGUGCUACCCGGACGACUUCGAGGGAGAGACGGAAAGCCUGGGUCUCCGCUGCUUGCACGCUUUCGAAGGAGACGUGGUGAUCCAUGUCGGGGAGCUGUUCGGGGACUCUGUCAGCAUGACGCCGGGCCAAUCGCCGUGGGGUCGCACGACCUCGCAGGAGUGCCAGGAAGAACUGGCGUCCAAGUUCCACUGCAUUCUAAAGGUACCCCUCCCUAGCUGGCCUCACUCUCGCGACACGCUGACCGUGUGGAAACGGCACUCGUUUUGCUCCAUCCAGUACGAUGAUGACGACGACGACGAUAGCGAUGAUAACGAGGCAGACGAAAAAAGCAAUGGAGGCGACGAUGGCUCAAAAGCCCAAGGCAAGGAGCAAGGAGGAAAGGGCAAAAAGUCGUCACCCAACGGCGGUGGCGGGGAUGACCGAGAGGCUAAUGGCAAGGGCCGAAAAGGGGGAAAGAAGGCGGAAGGAAGCGGCAAGGACGGCUCCGAUGGUGAUGAUAGCGACGACUCUCAUUCUUCUUCAGGAUCCGAUGAUUUCGGGUCGAUAGAAGGCCUGCCGAUAGGGAUGCUCGACGUCGACAUGUACGCGUUUGUACCCGAAGACGAGACGAUGCCGUGCGCGCAGGCGGCACCGUGUGCACGGUUUCUUCUCGACGCGGAACCGUAAGAAUAUUAAGGCGUAGUGGUAGCUUGCGUGUGUCAAAAAGGGUGCCUUCGUUCGUGGAAACCUUCGUCGCGCUUGGAACGUAGCUUCAGAUUUUCGUUUCUUUACGGCUCACGGGGUCAGACGGCCAGGGAGUCUGUAGCGGCUGUGACUUCUCGCAGCAUAUCCGAGCGGUCAUUCUUUAGGCUCGAAGGACGUGUUGUCAUUGGAUAAACGAAUGACCAGCGUUGGCUGGGAGGCGUCGGCGGGAGGGUGGUAGAGUACCGAACCUGGUGAUGUCGGUGUCAGGUUUAUUCUCUUGAGCGUACGUCGCUGUGGCGUUCGUUUAGUCCUGGAACAAAUGCGACGAAGGCGGGUUCAGUUGCGCUUCGCGAGAAACGUACCUAGGCUAGACUCUUUCGGUGUUGUGUUCUCCCAUUUUCCCGUUGCUCCCGGAGUAAACCAGCUGUAGUACAGCGCCUUGUUAGUCUCCGAUGCAACAUCACACGGAGGAGUUGCUCUGAGGUGCGUUUACCUUGGAUGUUGGGUGCGAGAAAGGGCUCAUGCUAGAAGUUGCCGUCCGUGGCGAUAUCGGAGAUCAGCAAUGUUCUUGUUGAAUAGACAACCUUGUUUUUGUGGCGGAACUUGGUCGAACUGUGCGUAAAAAAGAUAAAUAUCUCGAUGUGUGUUUCGGCCGACUAUCAGCACGGGUCGCAACUCGUUCAGAGAUGAAAAGCCGAACGGCCGCGGUCGUCGUCUCUCAAUCUCAAGUCAUACUUCGGUAGUUGAAAAGCAGGCUGUCGCGAAGAUGAAGGUGGCAAAAACUCGUUGUUCGUCUCGAUAACAGAAGUAGCGAAAGGAUGAUUGUGGGAUUCGGCACAAUUCCACACAAGUUUUCUUCCUGUUGUGUCAGGGAUGGGGUAAACACCAGGGCUUUUUGCUUCUUUUUAUUUCUUUUCAUGCCACACCUUCCUCCUGCCGUGCGUGCUGAAUUGUAUUUUUAUCGCGAGAAGGGUCCAGCCGUCCCUUUCCCUCGUCAACGGUGCC